AUAUCUCUGACUAUGUGUGGUGUGUCAAGUAUGUGAGCAUAUUUAUGCAAGUCACAAUAAGUUGCUUACUGUAAAACUCCAACCUGAACACAUAUUUUUAUAUUUAGUUGUACCAAUGGGCGGCAAAGUUUAUAAUUAAACUGGACUAUAUUCAGGUUCAAGCACACACCCGUUCAUAACAAUCAGAAAAUAUAUAUAUAUAAACACUUAUUUUUUAAGUAUAAAUAAAAUUGGUACUCGCUGUGAUUUGUCGUUGUAAACAGCUCAUUUUUUUAGGAAUAGAGCACUAUAAAGUUUAAAGACGCGCGGUGUAUAUUAAACAGCUAAAAAAUUAAUCAAAAGCAAUGAUUUAAACCAUCUACGCUACGAAAGAAGGCAAAAUGACAUUUAGCAUGUGCUCGCCCGUCUGACCACAUCUCGCUGCAUAGACUUCGGUACCACCACCAACUCGUUAUCGUCAACUAGCUUUUGAAGAAUACCACUUUUCUCAAAAUAAUCGUUGUAUAUCUGCUUUUCUUCAACGUUUGUGACUGGAUAACGGCUGAAGGCGUCUACAUGCCUCAUUCGGAGUCCACUUCAAUGUUCUACUUGAUAAUAAUAUUCUUGAAGGCGUAAUACCCAACAACAAACGGAAAAACAAACAAAAAAUUAUCCAGUGAGUGCAAAAACAAAACUGAGUGCGUCGCGGUUAAACCCGCCUGAUCGAAUGCACUCAAAUGCCUAUUUUUCUUAUUUCGAGUAAUCAACGCCCACACAAAAAAAGGCAAAAGAAAGCAACAUGCAAACAGAAGAUUCUCAGCAGUAUUCAGAAAGCGGAGCAGACCGAAAAGUCGGCAGACAAACAAGACAAAAAAGGUAACAGCAACCAAACACCCAGCAGGAAGUCGCCCAUCAACACAAAUGAAAAGGAACAGGCAAGCGGUACGCCCAAUGCAACAAAAUAGAACACAAUAAUACAGACAGGACUAGAUCGAUCUAUAAAUAUCAAGAGGAUAUCAAGCCUUAUUAAUAACACCAACAGCAAAAAAGUGCAAAUACCUGCAAUGUUCAGUUAAAAAAAGUGGAUUAUAUGACACGGAUGAUAACAAUAGUAAAUAUAUCGACCUAUGGUAUAUUGAAAAAGACAGCUGUUUGGAGGUUAAUCGAAUAUUUUUUAAUAGAACUCCGACCAUUACCGGCAAGAACAAUACACAAUCAAGUGCCAUCAACGUACAGCCCAAAUAAAAAAGUUAACACUGCUGAAAAACUAUAAACUCAACGAGGAUCAAAGUAUAAAAAUAUUUGCCAGGGAACUUUUAAAAAACUGUAAUGGAAGCGAAAAUGAAGACCCAGCGCUUAAUAGACAAUUUUUCAUAACAAACAUAAAGCAUCAUCUUCUCAAAUAACCAGUUAAUCAAAAGAAAGCUGUGAACAUCUUAGAGAGUACAUCGAUGCGAAUUCAUCUUACAGAAGUAAUUUACAUGAAAAGUCACAGGGAAACAUAACGAAUGAUAACACUGUUUUUGAAAGCUGUAGCAAAUUGCAGUUAUUGAGUUCUAAUUAUCAUUAUGAAAAUGACGUGUUCCAAGAUAAUACUUUCGAUGAAAGAAAUGAUAAUUCCAAUGUACAACGGGUUAUUUUUUUAAGAACUGUAGAAACAGGAAAACAAUUUAAAUCUUGCAAUAGAGAAAAACAAUACCAAAAUCGAAGUAAAUUCAAUACAUUUGAUUGUUGCUCACAUCCUCUGGUAAAAUUUUAUUCAAGUGAAAAUAAACCUACGAAUUGUUUGAGUAUAUGUGAAACUGAAACAUCGCGCCAAAAUAUUUUUUAGUAACAUGGAACUAGAAAACAAUCGCGAACCAGGAGAAGCUGAUGGUGUAGGGACAAAGCGAAUAAACAAUGAUGGAAAAAGUAUUGAAGAUGUAGAUAAGGCACGAACGGGUGGCAAUCAUACAAUGGAAAAUGGUCCAAUAGGCACUGACAGUCAUUUGGACACAUCGAACAUUCCUGAAACGAUAAAUGGUACAACAAUUGGCGGCGGAAUAUAUCAGCAAAAGACGGUAACUAAUGUAACCACACAAAAACGCCCACAAAGACGAGGAGGAAAACCGCAGCCCGAUCGGCCUCAGCGAGUUUUAUUCUGUUUAAGUGUGAAAAAUCCGAUUCGAGCUUUAUGCAUAAAUAUCGUCGAAUGGAAACCCUUCGAAUACUUAAUACUUUUGACAAUUUUUGCAAACUGCGUCGCUCUAGCUGUAUACACUCCGUACCCAUACAGUGAUUCUAAUGUGACGAAUCAGGCUUUGGAAAAAAUUGAAUACGUAUUUUUAGUAAUAUUUACGGCUGAAUGUGUUAUGAAAAUAAUUGCAUAUGGAUUCCUAUUGCAUAGUGGCUCAUAUCUAAGGAAUGGAUGGAACAUUUUAGAUUUUUUUAUCGUGGUCAUAGGCAUGAUAAGCACGGUACUUUCUAAUCUUAUGAAGGAAGGCUUCGAUGUAAAAGCCCUCAGAGCUUUUCGAGUCCUACGUCCCCUACGACUAGUGUCGGGAGUACCAAGUUUGCAAGUUGUUUUGAACUCAAUCCUUCGGGCAAUGAUACCAUUAUUGCAUAUUGCUUUGCUAGUAUUAUUUGUAAUUAUAAUUUACGCAAUAAUUGGGUUAGAGCUGUUUUCUGGAAAACUGCAUAAAACAUGUCUCCGUCCAGAUACUGGUGAACGUAUGAAAGAUGAGCAUCCCUGUGGAACAGGGUUCCAAUGUUCUACUGGUUAUGUUUGCUAUGAAAAGUGGGACGGUCCCAAUCAUGGAAUCACAAAUUUCGACAACUUCGGCUUAGCUAUGUUGACGGUUUUUCAAUGUGUUACUCUAGAAGGUUGGACAGACGUUCUAUAUAACAUUCAAGACGCAAUGGGAAGCACGUGGCAAUGGAUAUACUUUGUUUCAAUGGUUAUAUUAGGUGCUUUUUUUGUAAUGAACUUAAUUCUCGGUGUGCUCUCCGGCGAAUUUUCAAAAGAGCGCACAAAGGCUAAAAAUCGUGGUGAUUUUCAAAAAUUAAGAGAAAAACAACAAAUCGAGGAGGAUGUGCGGGGCUAUUUAGAUUGGAUUACUCAGGCCGAAGAUAUUGAGCCAGAUUCAGAUGGUAACUUAAUGCAUGACGGAAAAGCGAAACAGUCCAAUGAGAUAAAAUCAUUCGAUCUACUGGAAGAUGAAAGUCAGGAAGUUCAAGUAGCUGAAUCGUGGUGGCGUAAAGGAAAAAAAGAUUUUGAUCGCCUUAAUCGCAGAAUGAGAAGAUCAUGCCGAAAGGCUGUAAAGUCACAAGCUUUUUACUGGCUUAUUAUAAUGCUAGUGUUUUUAAAUACCGGUGUUCUCGCUACUGAACAUCAUGAACAACCAUUUUGGCUUGAUAAUUUUCAAGAGUAUACAAAUAUUUUCUUCAUUGGGUUAUUUACUUGUGAAAUGCUACUGAAAAUGUACAGUUUGGGAUUCCAAGGCUACUUUGUAUCGCUGUUUAAUCGUUUCGACUGUUUCGUAGUUAUUGGUAGUAUAACAGAAACAAUACUGACAAAUACGGGCAUAAUGCCACCGCUUGGAGUAUCAGUAUUACGAUGCGUUCGCCUCUUAAGAGUCUUCAAGGUUACAAAGUAUUGGCGAUCUCUUUCCAACCUCGUGGCAUCGCUUUUGAACUCCAUACAGUCAAUUGCAUCUUUAUUGCUGUUGCUAUUUCUUUUUAUAGUUAUAUUUGCUCUUUUGGGCAUGCAAGUUUUUGGAGGAAAGUUUAACUUUGAACCAUCGGAAGAGAAACCACGUGGGAACUUUGAUUGCUUCUGGCAGAGUUUAUUAACAGUGUUUCAGAUACUUACCGGAGAAGAUUGGAAUGUAGUUAUGUACAAUGGAAUACUAGCUUAUGGUGGAAUAAAAACAAUUGGUGCAUUGGCAUGCGUUUAUUUUAUAAUUUUAUUCAUUUGCGGCAAUUAUAUACUUUUAAAUGUUUUUUUGGCCAUCGCUGUUGAUAAUUUGGCUGAUGCAGAUUCAUUGACAACAAUUGAAAGAGAAGAAGUAACUGACGAUGGCAAAUUUAAUAAAUCACCAAGUCCAACUCCCACAAUUGAGGGUGAGGGAAUGAAGAACAUAAAUAUUGAAAUAGAUAUGGAUGGAGAUUGCAUAGAUAUAGAAAAAUUAGAUGAUGAGGCCAUUUAUGAAGAUGAAGAAGGCGAAAUCUGCGAUGAGGACUUAGAUGAAUCCCGCUCCGAAGUAACACCACGAGCAACAGCACGUCCUCGGCGCCUUUCUGAAAUCAGCAUUAAGAAGACUAAAAAAACAAUACCUCGGGGAAGCUCGUUUUUUAUAUUUAGUAAUACAAACAGGUUUCGUAUAUUUUGCCACUGGCUCUGCAAUCAUAGCAACUUUGGAAACGUUAUACUGUGCUGUAUUAUGUUCUCUUCAGCAAUGUUGGCAGCAGAGGAUCCGUUAAAGUCAAAUGCUGAUCGCAAUCAAGUACUAAACAAAUUUGAUGUGUUUUUCACGGGUGUCUUCACAAUAGAACUGUUACUUAAAUUGAUUUCAUAUGGCUUUGUAUUGCAUGACGGAGCCUUUUGCAGAUCUGCAUUUAAUCUUCUCGACUUACUUGUAGUCUGUGUGUCCUUGAUAUCAAUUCAGUCCAGUUCGAAUGCGAUCUCAUUCGUGAAAAUAUUACGAGUACUUCGCGUUCUAAGACCUCUGCGUGCCAUUAAUCGUGCCAAAGGACUUAAGGUAACUAAAAAUUUAUCCAACAUAUGUAGUUAGUAUGUAAAAUUUCAAUAAUUUUGAGUUAGUAGAGUACAUUUAAUUAGCACAAUGAAAUUGCGUUAUAUAAAAAUUGGUGUUUUGUAACCUCCAAUUUGUGGUGUGCGUCUUUGUCUUGUUAAAACAGGUUGAGGGAUCUACAGUUUAUUCUACGCCACCUCUGAACGGCCGAUGGCCAACAGAGUUUUAGAACUCAAUCCUUACAGCUUGGCUACUGCGGCCGCCGUUACAUAGUAUAAAAUAUUAAACAAAAUUCUUCUACUGUGCAUUUAUAAUGACCCAACUCUCAAACGAUUAAUUAAAGUUAAAACCUUCUGUUAAAUUAAAGAUCAUUUCUGAUAAUAAAAAUUCGCCUUAUUUUUGCUUUUGCUCUGAAAAAACACACAUGAUUUAAUAAUAUAUUUC